CUUCAGACUCCACCAUCUCCAUCGACUGCGCACAUUCAAUUUAAAGAAUUCCAGGAGGUGCAGGGGUGACGUUCUCCUCCUUGAAGACGGCAAUACAUUAAACAACAGAUUCUGCGGCAACCUUGGAACUCUCAGUGAAGGAGGCGACACUGACCUUUUGAAUAUUGUUUUCAAGACAAACAGAAGAGGAAAAGCUCAAGGUUUCUCCUGUGUUGUGUCCCCUCUGGCAAGGUUCAGACCAUCACCCAAGUCACUACUGACGUCACUGACAUCUCCGUCGACAACGGUCAAUGCUCCAAGUGUGGCACAGUGAACCGCGUCACCCGCAUUGUGGGAGGAGUGGCGACGGAGGUGAAUGAGUACCCCUGGCAAGCGGCACUCGUUGUAAAGGGAACCAACCAGGUUUUCUGUGGUGCUUCUCUCUAUAAUGAUGGUUACGUUGUUACGGCUGCUCAUUGUGGAAGCAAUAACUGAUUAUGGGAUAGAUGUGGAGGUUCUCCUAGGGGCACAUGAACUGACCAGCUCCACCAGUGCCCAGCAGCGUAUUUCUGUAGAAAGGAUCAUUAACCAUGAAAGCUAUGACAGCAGUACACAAGAUAACGACAUCGCUGUACUAAAGCUUGCCACAAAAGCUUCUUUGAAUGAAAAUGUUAAACCCGCUUGUCUUCCCAGCGUCAGUGAAGAUUAUACCGGCUUCACCGCCACUGUUUCUGGAUGGGGAACGUUGAGUUCAGGCGGUAGUCAACCCGAUGUCUUACAAGAGGUUCAGGUUCCAGUGGUCAGUAACAGCGAGUGCCAGCAGUCGUAUGGUAACAGCAUCAGUGACAUGCUUUGUGCUGGUUACGAUGCUGGUGGGAAGGACUCUUGUCAGGGUGAUUCUGGAGGUUUGGCUGUAAGGAGAAUGGCAAGUGGGUGUUGGCAGGUGUGGUGUCAUGGGGCUAUGGGUGUGCUAUGCCCAACUACCCAGGAGUCUACGUUCGGGUCACUAAGUAUUUGGACUGGCUGAAGGCUAAGACGAGUGAAGGAAGCAACGACUUGUGUUUUUCUGGUCAAGGGUCAGGCUCAACCACUAAGACUCCAGCAGCAACUACCGUCCCUUCAGCUACAAGCUGCAGUAUGUAUAACGUAAUCUGUUGUUGUCUC